GUACCCGGGCAUACCGCGUCUGCAAAGUUUCCUUAGCGCCCGAUGUACCAUCCGGUCACUCCAGCCUUACACCAGAAGGUUGCGGAAGUUAUUUCCUAGCAAAAAAAUUAAAUUUGUCUCUCGAGGGAGAGAUGUUCCUGCCUUGCUAUCUUUGGCCGGAGUUGAUGAGUUAUCAUCCCUACCGGAGAGUGUUGUGGAGAACUUUGCUGUAGGCCUGAGUUCACGAGGGUUGAACUCACAACGGAUCCCAGCAUACCAGCACGACACCCGAGGAAGGGAGGGUAACUAUGAUGCCACCGUAGCCACUCUAGCUGGGGCUAAACUAUGAUGGGCAGGUUCCCUUUUCGGACUGCUUCUCUAAGGUCGCACAAGGGUUCCCCCCUCGUUGCCCCGCUUUGAACUUGCUUUGUUUCCAGCCAUCCAUCCACUCUCUCCCAUCUCGACACCCAACCUUUCCAUCUCCUCCCUCCUUCCCCCCUUUCCUCACCAUAAAUUCUCAUCCCACCUCUUUGGUACGCUCAUCGAAGUUUCCUUCGCAGAGCAUUCCCCCGCAACAAACAAAACACAGAAGCCGGUAUUUAGAAAUAUUCCUUUCCUCCCUCUUUGCUCUAUUAUUGCGUGCGUCUUUUAGACAUGGAUUUUUCCCCAUCUCCUGUCCGGGGUAGCGCCCAAUUUUUAAGCCUCACCUCCGUAUUAAAUCCUGCGUCCAGUGCUCCGUCUCUUCUCAAUCUUGCCGUAAAUAACAGUCCAAACAAUGGCUACCAAACUUUUCAUCAGGUUAGUUCUUACUUACUUCCUUCCCUACAUAUUGUUUCCCUCUCCGCCCCUCUACCCUCUCCUAAGCUGCAAAAAAAACAACCUGGCUAACGAUUGGCGCCUAUCUUCGCUGAAUUAUUACAGAUCCCUCAGUUGGAACACCACUGAUGCAAGCCUUAGGCGUGGGUUCGAGGCUUUUGGGACCGUUGUUGAUGCGGUAUGUAUUUCUCUUCCCUCUUCGGCUCGGCUAUUCUUCCUUCAGCUGAUAUCUCCCUCAGGUUGUUGUCAAGGAUCGUGAGACCGGUAGAAGCCGUGGAUUCGGUUUCGUUACUUACGAGGAGGAGUCCGCUGCCAAUGAUGCCAUUGACCAAAUGAACGAGGCUGAGUUUGUACCCCCUUUAGCUCCUUUCUGGUGUUCCUCAGUUCCAAGGCUGAUUCACAAUGCGAUUACAAUAGGCUUGAUGGUCGUCCCAUCAUUGUCGUCAUGGCCGAGGACCGUCGUGGUGGUGGUGGCGGUGGUGGCGGUGGCGGAUACCGCGGUAACAAUGGUGGCGGUGGUGGAGGUAAGGCUUCAGUUUCCUUCUCUCUCCAUCUGGACGCUAAUUUGGGAUUAGGUGCUUGGAGAUAGGUUGGGGGCUGCUUGAGCGUUGA